AAAACAAGGAAGUGAAUCGAGAUAAUAAGGGUCAGAAGGGUUUUUACUUUCGAUCAAGCCCAGAGUAACAUCAUUUAAAUGGAUGGGAGAUAUCGUAUCAGGCAAGGAAUAUUUAUAUUCGGAGAGUUGUGCGUUGUGUUAGCAUAAGAAAAAGUAAAGCUCUUUGUUUUGGCAGCAGCUUCUCUCUUUGGGCACCACGCGCGUUCGCAUGCGGCUGGGCGUAGUCACUGAAACUCACACAAUAUACAAGAAUGAGCGACACAUUCGCAACCCCUUGGGCACUGUUAAUUGGGUCCAGUUUCGCUUUCUCUGGACUCUUCUACCAUCUCUACCAAGAAAAGAAAAAGGAAAUCGUUAAACUUAAGGAGAUUCCAAAGUUCCAACCAGACAAUCACCUGCUGAAAAUCCUAAAAGCAUCUCCACACCAUCGGCUACAGUACGUAGCUGUUGAAGGCGUUAUACAACCCGAUGGUGACCCCAUAGCCAGUCAGUAUGUGCCUAAAUGUUUUGGGGUUGUCCAGAAGGUCAUUAUUGAGGAGAACUGGAAAGUGUGGAACUCAAUUACAAAUAAAUGGACAAACAAGACAAUGAACCAGAAGGUGAGCAACAACGCGGUCCCCUUCAGCUUGGUGAGCCCAGGAUCCUACAUCCCAGACACCCUGGUGAAGGUGCAGUCCCCACUGCAGGCCUCAGGAGACUUCCUGGAGCUGGUCUUCAAGCAGCGGAAGCUCUCCCAGGGCGGCGUCGUGGACGCAGUGCUGCAGGGCGUCAGUGGAGAGAGACCUGUGAGCCGAGAUGUGAGGGAAGAGAUGCUGACGGUUGGAACGCCUCUCACGGCUUUUGGUGAGGUGGUCCUGGAGUACGGCGAGAAGAUAAGCAUACACCCACCCCGAGACGGGCGGACAUAUGUGCUGAUGGUAGGAGACCACCGCAGCUUCAUCGAGCGGCACGAGGGCACGGCUGGGUGGUGGAAAGCGUUGUCCGCCUUCUGUGGCAUCACAGGGUCAGCAGUGCUGGCAGGGGUAAUAUACGAUGCUACCAAGGGACACGGUGACCGAAGGAAGUAGCCCACUGAAGUGGUUUAAAAUCUGAAGGCCAUACUAUGUGUGCACAACACAGACUACAUCCUUCAUUUUACUUUGUGCCAAACCAUUUAGGAUCAGAAAAUAAAGAGGGUUUUUUUGUUGUUGGAAGCUUAAGCUAAUGUCAAAGAAAAGGGGGGUGCACCUUGCAUCAAUUGUUUUCUUUAUUUUUUGUGCACAGACGUGUUUCGGCGUG